AUAAAACGUGUCAAUCAAGGAGGAGCCUACUGAAGAAAGGGGAACAGGGCAAUGCUAACAAAAGGCAGCAGGAACCUAAAUUUAUUUCUAUAAGAUUCAAGAACUGGUGCGAUAUUUGUUCUUUGUGAGGCUUUGUUUUUGAGAGCAGAAAAAUACACUUCCAGCAUACAUCUGUUCUCUUUAUUCUUCAUAGUCAGUCUGUACCGAAGCACACACAAAGACCAAACUCUGAACCUACCUUUCCUAUAUUUGAACUAAAACAGUAAUUAAAAACAAAUCUCCAAAUGAAGUGUGAAAAUUGCACAAAGAAGGAAUGUAUUAAAAAGUCAAAAAUUGAUGACCAACAAAAUGUAUCACUUGAUAUACCAAACUUUAACAGUGAACAUGAAGAGAAAAAUGAGUUCCAUAAGUUGGCUGAUGCUAAAAUAUUUCUCAGUGAUUGCCUGGCUUCUGACAGUUGUGUGACAGUGGAGGAAGGAAUAAAAGUUUUCCAGCAGAAUCAGAAGGAGUUUUUCCGUAUACUGAACCUUAAUAAGAAAUGUGAUACUUCAGUCCACAAAGUCUUGGCAGUGUCUAUAUGCCCUCAGUCCUUGCCUUAUUUUGCUGCCAAGUUUAAUCUCAGUGUAACUGAUGCAUCAAAAAGACUCUGUGGUUUCCUAAAAAGUCUUGGUGUACAUUAUGUAUUUGAUUCAACAAUAGCUGUUCAUUUUAGUAUCCUGGAAAGUCAGAAAGAAUUUGUAUAUCGAUAUCGCCAGCAGAAGCAAGAAGAACAUUCCUUACCUAUGUUUGCUUCUGCCUGUCCAGGUUGGAUCCAGUAUGCAGAAAGGGUUCUGGGUAACCCAGUAACACCACAUAUAUGUACUGCAAAAUCCCCCCAGCAGAUUAUGGGAUCAUUGGUGAAGGAUUACUUUGCCAGACAACAGAACUUGUCUCCAGAUAAAAUUUUCCAUAUCAUUGUGGCCCCUUGUUAUGACAAGAAGCUAGAAGCUCUUAGAGAAGAUUUUUACACUGCUUCAUAUAAUUCUUAUGAUGUUGAUUGUGUGUUAACAUCAGGUGAAAUUAUCCAGAUUAUGGAACAAAAAAAAGAAUUCAUGAAAGAAGCUGUAGUAGAUACUUUGUUUGGUGAGAUAAAGAAAGAAGACACAAUGAGUGAUGGUGCAACCAGGUCAGAUGGUUAUCUGGAGCAUAUCUUUAAAUAUGCAGCCAAAGAACUGUUUGAUAUGAACAUCAAGGAAAUUACUUACAAAGCACUGAAAAACAAAGACUUCCAGGAGAUCACUCUGGAAAAAAAUGGGGAAAUAAUGCUACGAUUUGCUGCUGCUUAUGGCUUUCGAAAUAUCCAGAACAUGGUCCUGAAACUUAAAAAGGGCAAGUUCCCAUAUCACUUUGUAGAAGUCCUGGCCUGUCCUGGAGGAUGCUUAAAUGGCAAAGGUCAAACUCAGACUGAAGAUGGAAAACCAGACAAGGCACUGCUGAGGCGAAUGGAAGAAGUAUAUGCUGAGAUCCCUGUACAACUUCCAGAAACUAACACACAUGUGCAGAAACUAUACCAAGAGUGGCUAGAUGGUACAGACUCUCCAAAGGUCUUGGAAGCCCUGCACACCACUUAUAGCUCUGCUGAACCCCCCACAGACAACAUGGAUAUCAAGUGGUGACAGCAAAGUUGGUAAAAGGACUUAAUAGGACUUGUAUAAAUGACCCUGGAAACAUUCUAUGCAAUCAGAAACACUUUCUUUGUACUUUAAUUAUGAAGAAGCUGGGGUGUUUUUUCCUCUUAAAUUCUGAUGUUGUUUUGGUUUUUUCCUGAAAAGUAUAUAGUCUCUUAGGUUUCCUAUUUUCUUAUUCAAUUAGGUUGGUGCUGUACUCAUAAUUUGUAUUUGAACAGGACCUUUUGUCAAGGAAGAAUGAUUUCUCUGAAUUUAAAAAAUAUUCUUUGUUCUAAGAAUUAUUUUAAAGAUCCAAUUUAAGGACAGUAAGUGAUGUUUCCCAUAGCCAAGACCAAAAUUUAAAAAAAAAUUAAGUUGAAGUUUUAUUACACAUUAAAGAGAAAUGAUUGAAAAAAACUUCAUGUAAUCCCCUGCAAAAUGUAUCCAGGAACCCAAAGAUGAUUGUCUAAUUGAAUGUCAAGAAUAAAAGGAGUGGUUUACUAUCAAGUGGAAUGGAUUUUCAGAUCCAAACAUGCAUCAUAAACAAACCAUUUCAGGGCCAGGAAUUGGGGGGAAGAGGCAAGAGAAGGAACAGGAUGUAAAUACAGGGAUCCAAAACCUCUCUGAAGAAUUAAGGGUCAGAGGGAAUAAAGAGGUAGAGGACCUAUCAAGAGGAUCUAUAGGAAUGAGGACAAAAGCUCAGGGUCCAGGGUAGAGGGGAUGGGAUACUAUGGGGCUUGUAAAGUCAUUGUAUACACUGUAGACAGCUUUAGUAGAAGGCAUCAUUGAUCAGACAGAAAAGGAAGAGGGAUAACUGAGCAAAGAACCCAUGGUUAAAAAAAUGUUCUAAGUGUGGUGAACAGUAGGGGAAGGAAUAAGGACAUUAGGUUUGGAGGGGUUUCAACUCCUAGGUCCUAGGCAUUGAGCAUAUAUAACAUAGAGCAGGAACAUGAGGCCCACAGAGAAGGCAGCAAAGCCAUCCAGGCUGGGAUAGAAUCCAAGAGAUUGGGGCUUUCUCUACUACCACAUUUUCAACCUCUAUUGUGGUACAUAGUCCCUGUGUAGUUCCGAAGAGGAAGUCCAAGGAAAGGAACAAAGCCAAUGAAUAAUUUCACCAAAAUAUUUAGCAGAAUCAGCAUUAUGUUUGACUGUGAUUGUGAAAAAGAUGGAAAAUGUAAACAACAAUCCUAUAAAUUAUGGAGAAUCUCCCUGAUUUCAUUAUAAUCUUUGUGGUAGGAAGCAAAUAUCCCCAGGAUUUCAAAAGAAGACAAUGCAGGUGGAAUUAGAAUACUUUGAGGCUUAAGGCAGAUGUUGAUGAUGUUUUAGCAAAGACCUGCUUCUCUACAGUACUUGGACAGUACUUUGUCAUCAGAAUUGGACCUAUAAAAAUAACUAACAGUUUCUGCUUAGAAAUUUUUUUCCAAUUUUACAAGCCUACCCAAAGAAAUGCCUAUCAAAACCUAAAUCAUUCUAGGAAGCAAUUGUUGGAAAUGGAAAACUGCAUUGUUCUGGAAAUAAGGAAAUGGUCCUAAUUCUGACUGCCCUAACUAGCCUUGUGGCCAUGAGCAAAUCUUUAUCACCUCAGUUUUGUUAUCCAUAAGAUGAUCAAAUCAAAUUGGUGGAUCUCAAAAAUCCUUUUUAAUUUCAAUAUUUCUGAUCCCUUUUCACAGACCUAUCUUUUUUAGUCCCAUUUUUACUUUCUCUCUUCUCCAUUGCUUUGUUGGCAGCUUUCAAAUCAAAAGUGUUUUUGUCUCCUGCAAAGGAAAUUAAUUUAUCUACUCAUGCUCCAUAAACCACUUGUAUAACAUAGUCUUACUUCCAUGUAACUACAACCUAGUAUAAUUAGAUUAAAUGUUAGAUUACCAGUUUGUUUUAUGCACUUGUAUUUCUUCAUAGAAACAAUAGAAAAUAGAUGAUUAUGUAUAUUGUGACAAAUAAUAUAUUUUGGACCUAUUUUAUGCAUGGUUUUUGUUUUACCCUACUUUUUUAUCUGAAAGCAUCUCUCUGAGUAAUAAGGGCAUAAUAAGGGAGAAUUGUGGAAAACUAUUUGAAUUUAGGUACAGUUCUUCCCAGCAGAAGUUGGAACCUGGAACCAGAUUCAAUAAAGAAAUCAAACUAUUA